AUGGAUCCCGAAACGGCUUUAGUCAAAAUCUCUAGUUUUUCGAUGCAGUUAAACAACUUUACUGGUUGGACUCUACAUUCUAGAGUAAAAGAGGAAGUAGAAAAAACUUGUUUCAAAUACUUUACGAGAUUCCCGACGACUGAAAUUAAAAUCCCUAAGCAAAUGAUCGUCGAUUUACUUCGCUUUUAUGAUUACGAAGAAGAACACUUUGUGUUUGGGGAUACUAAAGUUGAUCUUGGUCUUGAAGAUGUAAUGUACAUCACAGGACUUCCAAUUGAUGGGAAACAGGAUUUGAACCAGGGGAUCCUAUUGAGACAAUAG